CUAGGCAGCUGCGCCAGGCCGCCGCCGGCGCCUCCCCCAUGCUGCUCGGAGCAUCCUGGCUGUGCGCGUCCAAGGCGGCCGCCGCUGCUGCUCAGAGCGAGGGCGAGGAGGACGGGCUGGGAGAGCGGCGGCGGCGGCGGGCGGCGGCUACGGCCGCGGGGGCGGGCGAGGACAUGGACGAGUCGUCAUUGCUGGACCUUCUGUAGUGCUCCGUGUGCCUGGAGCGCCUGGACACCACGGCCAAGGUGCUGCCUUGUCAGCACACCUUCUGCCGCCGCUGCCUGGAGAGCAUAGUCUGCUCGCGCCACGAGCUGCGCUGCCCUGAGUGCCGCAUCCUGGUGGGCUGCGGCGUGGACGAGCUGCCCGCCAACAUCCUUCUGGUGCGUCUGCUGGACGGCAUCCGUCAGCGGCCCCGCGCGGGCGGCAGUCCAGGAGGCAGCCCGCCUGCGCGUCCGGGUCCUAGUCCCAGUGUGGCCCCCGCCCUCGCGGGCGGCGGGGGCGGCGCGGUGGGUAGCGCCCCAGGCUCCCCAGUCUUCCUCCCCGCGGCGGUGGGCAGCGCCACCGGCAGUCUUCGCGAGCUGGGGACCAGCAGGAGUGCUCCAGUGGCAAAGAACGUAUGCAUUCUUCCCUACGGCAAAGCCCUCUACAACUACGAGGGAAAGGAACCCGGCGACCUCAAGUUCAACAAGGGGGACAUCAUCGUCCUGCGGCGAAAGGUGGACGAGAACUGGUACCACGGUGAGCUUCGCGGCUCCCGGGGCUUCCUCCCGGCCAGCUACGUCCAGUGUGUCCGGCCCCUGCCACAGGCCCCACCCCAGGGCAAAGCACUUUAUGAUUUCGAGAUGAAGGACAAAGACCAAGACAAGGACUGUCUGACUUUCACCAAGGAUGAGAUUCUGACUGUGCUGAGGAGAGUGGACGAGAACUGGGCGGAAGGCAUGCUGGGGGACAAGGUCGGCAUCUUCCCGCUCCUGUACGUGGAGCUCAACGACUCCGCCAAGCAGCUCAUUGAGAUGGAUAAGCCGUGCCCAACUGCUGCGUCCUGCUGUGAUGCCUCCUUACCCUCUGACCCUGGCGCUAUGGCCAGCCUGGCCCCAGCCCCCACUGUAAGCAGCACAGGGGCAGUCAGUGCCUUUCAGCGGCGUGCGGACAGCAAGAAGAAUGCCAAGAAACGCCACUCCUUCACCGCACUCAGCGUGACACACCGAUCUUCCCAGGCUUCCAGCCAUAGGCAUUCCAUGGAAAUCAGUGCCCCAGUGUUGAUCAGCUCCAGUGAUCCCCGGGCCGCCGCCAGGAUCGGGGACCUGGCUCAUCUGUCCUGCUCUGCUCCUGCCCAGGACUCCUCCACCUCGGCCGGAUCUGCCCCCAUGGCCAUCCCGAGGGCUGCUGUCAUGGCCGGAGAACAGGGCACGCCUCCCAAGGUCCAGCUGCCCCUCAACGUGUACCUGGCGCUUUAUGCCUACAGGCCCCAGAAGAGUGAUGAGCUGGAGCUGCACAAGGGUGAGAUGUACCGGGUCCUCGAGAAGUGUCAGGACGGCUGGUUCAAGGGGGCAUCCCUGCGGACUGGGGUCUCUGGGGUGUUCCCUGGAAACUAUGUGACGCCUGUCUCCAGGGUUCCCAUAGGAGGGGCUGGGCCAUCCCGGAAUAAUGUGGUUGGAGAAUCUCCGCUGGCCAAAGGGAUCACCACAACGAUGCACCCAGGUGGCGGGAGUCUUAGCAGCCCAGCCAUUGCCACCAGGCCUGCCCUGCCCAUCACCACACCCCCAGCCCAUGCCCAGCACCCAGCCUCGCCCCCAACAGGCAGCUGUCUGCGGCACAUGGCUCAGCCAGCAGCCAGCCAAGCACGGAGCACCAUCCCAACAGCUGCCCACUCCUCAAGCCAGGCUCAGGACCGGCCAACCGCCACCGUAUCACCCCUACGCACUCAGAACUCUCCAUCCCGCCUGCCCACCACCAGCCUCAGGCCCCACUCUGGGGUGUCCCCGCAGCACAGCCACCAGCCCCCAGUGCAGAUGUGCCAGAGGCCAGCCAUCCCCCUCACGUCAGCUGCAUCGGCCAUCACGCCUCCCAACGUCAGUGCUGCGAACCUUAAUGGGGAGUCCGGAGGUGGACCCAUCGGGGCGCUGUCCACAUCCAGCCCCACCAAUGCAGGGUGCAAACUGGAUGAGAAGAAGAAUGAGAAAAAGGAAAAGAAGAGUGGGCUCCUGAAACUUCUUGCUGGGGCAUCCACCAAGAAGAAGUCACGCUCCCCACCAUCAGUCUCCCCAACCCACGAUCCCCAGGCGGCAGUGGAGGCCUUGCUCCAGGGCGCAGUGGGCCCUGAAGUGUCCUCACUAUCCCUCCACAGCAGGGCAGGGUCCUGCCCCAUUGAGAGUGAGAUGCAGGGUGCAGUGGGGAUGGAGCCGCUGCACCGGAAGGCGGGCUCCUUGGAUCUGAGCUUCUCCUCAUCCCCCUCCCGGCAAGCGCCUCUCUGCAUGGCUGCCCUGCGCCCAGAGCCCAAACCACUGCCCAGGGAGAGGUACCGUGUGGUGGUCUCGUACCCACCCCAGAGCGAGGCAGAGAUCGAGCUGAAGGAAGGCGACAUUGUCUUUGUGCACAAGAAACGGGAGGACGGCUGGUACAAGGGGACCCUGCAGCGAAAUGGCCGCACGGGCCUCUUCCCGGGCAGCUUCGUGGAGAGCUUCUGA